UACGUAGGAAGCAAACGCCAGUUUAUUGCUCAAAUGUAACUCAUCUCGAAAUAUCAUACUAUCAUUCACUUUCAGAUAAAAAAAUCAUAAGCAUUGUACAUUCAUGCCCAAAUAUAAUCUAUUUGAGUUUCAUAAAUAGCGUAAGAUUUAGUAAUAAAGCAUUAAAACUGAUAGCGGAUUCAUACACGAAUAUGAAGUAUCUCAAUCUAUGUGAUGAUCGGUCAGGUGGUUUUAGGGACUUUCGUGCUCAAGAGAUAGAUGAUGAAGGUCUAACUGCAAUCGCAGAUUCAUGUCAUAAAUCAGAAUGUCUAAAUAUUUCUAAUCGCACAGAGUUUUCUGAAAUAUCAAUUUGUAAUGUUAUUCAUUCUUGUCCAAGACUCCAACGACUUGAUCUUAGCUAUUGUAAAAUUAAUGAUAUAACUAUUGAAGAAAUUGCUAAAUCGAGUCUUAAUUUAAAAUAUCUUAAUCUGGAAGGGUGUGAUAAUAUUAGUAAAGAAGCCAUAGAUCAGCUAAAUCCAAAUACCCAUGAUAGUAUCUCCGCUACUUCUUCAGAAUUAUCUGGUGAAUUCAAAGAGGCUCUCUCUCAUAGAACAGAGGUCAUUGAAGAUAACUCACAGCUUCAAGCCCAGAAAGGUGCCAACCCUAUUGUAGAUUCGAAAAUAGCAUGUGAUAUAAAAACUGUUAACAAUGUUAACGAUCGGAGCAUUUUAGAAAAAUCAGAAGAAAUCGUGGAAACCGUUAAAAAUGUUAACGUUCAGAACACUUCAGAAAGUUCAGAAGAAAUCAAGAGCAAGGUUGACCAGGUCCAUUUGGGACCCCAUCAAGAUAAAUUGGUGGUAGUACCAAUUUCAGGAUCAUUAAGCAUCAAAAAACUUGCCAAUUCAUUCUGCCAGACGAAUGUUGCAAGAAAUAAAACGAUCGUAGCAAAGCGAUCAGAGAUUACAUUAUGGUGUUUAUUCUCCAAAAAGUUCGAAGAUAAGGUUGUGGAGCUUAGGUCUGAAGAUAAGAAACUUGCAGAUAAGACUGCAAGAUCACAAAUUUACGCUGAAAUGAAACCAUAUCUUACGGGUAUUUCUGAUGGAUAUUUACGUGUGAUAACCUCUAAGGCAAGAAAAAUAAAUAAGCUAUUUGGCUAUGAAUAUGAUCCUGUAACUCUGAAAAGGAUUGAUGGUAUACCAGGGUAUAUGGUUCAGCGGAUCACUUGUAGCGCUGACAAAAUUUCAAGACUCACUAAUCCUCAAAUCGAAUACAUCGUAGAACAGGUCAAAAUGAAAACAACCACUAGUCCUGUAAACGAAAUAUCUGAGACAGUGGCUACUACUUCAGCUAAUGAUUCCUCAGAUGAUAAUUUUAGUGACACAUCUGAUAUUACAGAUUAUUUUAAGGAAGAAGGAGCGAAUGAUUCAGCCAAAAGCGAGGAGGAUUCUAAAAA